AUGUUGAUAGACGAUUCUACCAUUGAUAAUUUUUGUUUUCUAUCAUCAAUUAGAAGUGAACGACAAUUGGACGAAGUAGUAAUUGCUCUUGUUGGAAAGUAUACAGCGUUAGAAGAUGCUUAUGCAUCUGUACUAAAAGCACUUAAUCAUGCUGCACUUUUUUGCAAUCGAAAAUUAAAUAUACGAUUUGUCCAUGCAGCAGAUUUAGAAGCAAAUACAAAAAAAGAAGAUCCAGUUAAAUAUCAUGAAGCAUGGCAACAACUUUGUAGUUCACAUGGUGUCCUUGUACCAGGUGGAUUCGGUUCGCGUGGUGUUGAAGGUAAAAUUGCCGCUAUUGAAUGGGCACGAACAAAAUCUAAACCAUUUCUUGGUAUUUGUCUCGGCUUACAAUGUGCUGUUAUUGAAUUUGCAAGACAUGUUUUACUAUAUAAACGUGCAAAUUCAGCCGAAUUCGAUAAAGUUGAACAUCAAGUCGUUAUUGAAAUGCCCGAACAUAACCCAGGAAUUAUGGGAGGUACAAUGAGAUUAGGACGUCGAACAACUUAUUUUGUAACAGAUAAUAGUGUUCUUAAAAAACUCUAUGGAGAUGUUGAUUCAAUUGAUGAACGUCAUCGUCAUCGAUAUGAAGUUAAUCCAGAAUAUAUUGAACAAUUUGAAAAAGCCGGAAUGAAAUUUGUUGGAAGAAGUGAUGAUAAUCAACGAAUGGAAAUAGUUGAACUUGAAAAUCAUCCAUAUUUUGUUGCUGUUCAAUAUCAUCCAGAAUAUAUAUCACGUCCAUUGAAACCUUCAGCUCCAUAUUUAGGACUUAUUUGGGCUGCUUGUGGUGAAUUAAAAAAUGUAUUAACUCAUGUUAAUAAACAACAAACAACACCUGAUGUUAUAACAAAAUCUCCUGGACCAUUUUCUCAUGUCAGUUUAUUUCGUCAUGCAUGA